CUCCUCUCAUUUCAUCAGGGACUUCUCCAUGGUGUGGAUUCUUGUUGACUUUGGGGCUUGAACUGUACUGUUAUCAAUAACUAUCCAGUUUGCCAUGGUCGAACUCGCCCCCAUAUUCAAAAAAGCCUACUGGGCUCUUGCGGCAGGCGGUCUUGUAUAUGUCUCAUGGGUAUACUCAUUGACAUAUCCAAGCGUCCAAAGAAUCGCAUUAUAUGCCAACCUCGUCAACCCAGCAUAUUGGCAAGAUCUAAAUGAGGUCGAGAAUUUUGGAUUCCUAAAAACGCAAGUGCAGCCAUUCCAUCUGGUGACUCCAGAUAACGAGACUCUAUAUGGAUGGCAUAUCCUACCGUUACAUCUCUGUAGAAAGCACGAAAACCUGCUAGACGACAAUUGGACUCCUGGGCCGGCAGAGGACUACAGCAAGACUAUUUCGUAUAAACUUCUAACUGAAGAUCCGAAUGCCAGGGUUGUUGUAAACUUCCACGGCAAUGCUGCACAUCUCGGCUCCGUUAUCCGUCCAGAGAUGUACCGUAUGGCUCUUGGAGUCUCAACUCCCGAAAACCCGGUGCAUGUCUUCGCAAUUGAUUACAGGGGUUUCGGACUGUCCACUGGGUCUCCUUCAGAAGAAGGGCUUAUUACUGACGGUUUAACUCUUCUCAACCACCUAACCUCGACACCUUUGAACAUACCCCCAUCGCGUAUUGUGAUCAGUGGACUCAGCCUUGGAACAGCCGUUACAUCUGCAGUCGCGGAGCGUUUCGCCUUUGGUGCACCAGAGUCAUCCGUCAUUCAGCCAGCUCUGAAAGACCCUGAACCAUUUGCCGGCAUCAUCAUCCUAGCGUCCUUCAGCAAUCUUCCCAAUCUCAUAGAAUCAUACAGCUUGAAAGGACUCACUCCGCCGAUGCUCUCACCAUUGAUUGGCUAUCCCUCUGUACAAAGAUGGGUCAAGUCUCACAUCGUUGAUACCUGGAACUCCAGCGCCAGAUUAGGACGACUUACCGGCGUGGAAGCUCAUGACAGUGACUCUGAUAUCCGCCACAGUCGAAAAGGUGUAGAUAUUACAAUCAUUCAUGCCCGUAACGAUGUUGAGAUUCCCUGGCGGGAGGGUUUCACUAACUGGAAAUCGGCUACUGGACCGAGAGACGAGAAAGGGAAUCCGUUAGAGGGGAAAAUCACAUAUGAGCGAGUUUCAGAAAAUGGUUUAAUUGAGACGAGGGUCUGGGAAAAGGAAGUCCCCAGUAAGAAACACGUGAAACGUGUCAGGUGGGAAAAGGUUGGAUAUGGUGGCCACAAUGAAGUGGGCGCUUACUCGGUGGCUGCGCUUGCUAUUUUGCGCUCAUUCGAAGAGUAGAAUAAUUGUAUAGACAGAUUUGAAGCAGCAAGAAGAUUUUACUACAUGUGCACUUUAGCAUUCAAUGUUGAUUAAAGGGAAUUCACGAAACAAUCUG